AACUUUCAAGUCCAAGAACUAUUUCUACAUUUCUAGGAGAUGAAAAGUUUGUAGUAUUUGAAUGCAAGAUAAUUUAUUCCUUCAAAAAAAAAUGCAAGAUAAUUUAUGUUUAUUUGAUGACUGUUUAAUAAUGUGUGCAUGUAAGUUUGGGGUUGAUCCAAUGAUGAUGUGGGAGUUUGACCAUUUCAGCUCCAGAUCUACACAUUUGCCAGCCUGUCUUCUUCACUUUCCGUUGCCUCUUACCUGCAACUCCCUCCUCUCUCUCUCAAUCGACAUACUUUCUUCGUUGAACGGAUCUUUCCUUUUUUGCCUUCCCUUUUCCAUACUCAUAAUAGUACUGCUCAUCAUAAUAAAUAAUAAUUAUAACAAUACCAUCACCAUAUUGUUUAUUCAUAUAAGCUAAUCAAGUUCCUCCUGCCUCUCUACACCAACCAACAUCCUCCUACUUCAUAGUGGCAGCAUAGGUUUUGAAAUGAUAAAGGAAGAGGAAAAGGAUGGGGCUUCAGGUGGAAGUUGGAGAACAUACUCGCGUUCAGUGUCAUGGACUGAACGCCCACCAAGAGCCUCUACUUCUACUUCUAAGCCACAAUGGAACAGCAAAGCACGUUCUUGUUUGCCGCCUCUUCAGCCUCUUUCUAUCAUCCGUCCGAGCAUUGAGGAAUGGCCUAGAGCUGGUUCUGAUGAUCUUGGCGUAUGGCCUAAUAAUCCUCCUACCCCUGGUGGGAAGCCUCCUGGAUCAGUGACUCCUCGUGAGAACUCAAAUUCUGAUCAACCUCCUAGAGAAUUUGAGUUUAGAAAGGACAAGCUUGCCUUCUUCAAUAAGGAAUGUUCGAGGAUUCUUGAUCACAUCUAUUUAGGGAGUGAUGCAAUUGCCAAGAAUCGUGAGAUCCUACGCCAGAAUGGGAUCACCCACGUGCUCAACUGUGUGGGGUUUGUUUGCCCGGAAUAUUUCAAGAAUGAGCUUGUGUACAAGACUCUUUGGCUGCAGGACUGCCCGUCCGAGGAUAUCACAAGCAUUCUCUAUGAUGUGUUCGAUUAUUUUGAGGAUGUUCAGGAGCAAAGUGGGCGUGUCCUUGUUCACUGUUGCCAGGGGGUAUCACGGUCUACUUCAUUGGUGAUUGCUUAUCUCAUGUGGAAGGAGGGGCAGAGCUUUGAUGAUGCAUUCCAGCAUGUCAAAGCAGCAAGAGGAGUGACUAAUCCAAAUGUGGGAUUUGCUUGCCAACUUCUGCAGUGCCAGAAGCGUGUGCACGCACUGCCUGCAAGCCCAACUUCUCUUCUUAGGAUGUAUCGAAUGGCACCACACUCGCCAUAUGACCCCCUUCACCUUGUGCCUAAAAUGUUGUCUGAACCAGGUCCAGAUAAGCUUGACUCUCGUGGUGCAUUCAUCAUUCAAAUUCCUUCAGCUUUAUAUGUCUGGAUUGGGAAGCACUGCCCUGCGAUGCUGUCAGAUAAUGCCAAGGCAGCUACCUUGCAAGUUAUUCGCUAUGAGAGGGCCCAGGGUCCAGUUAUAACUAUCAAAGAAGGUGAAGAGACAUUUGAGUUUUGGGAUGCCCUCACUUACAGGAAGAGUUUGACAGAUGGAUGUGAAGCAAUGUCCGAGGAGGUAAAGAGCUUGUCUGCAGGGUCUCACUUAGUGACUGAAUUAAUUCAUCCUGGUCUUGAUCAAAGGAAACUUGCUGAGUAUGAUUUAGAUUUUGAAAUCUUUAACAGAGCACUGGCUGGUGGGGUGGUACCACUGUCUCCAUUAUCAGGAGCAGAAACGGAGACAUGUCUUCCUGCCAGAGAGACUGGUUGGAACAGAUUCAGAAGAAAAUUUUCUAGUGGCGUUGUCAAAGAACUUCUCACCUCUUCUAAGUUGAACUCUUGUAAAUUUGCCUUACCGAUAUGUGGUGAGCUGCUGACAAUGGACACUUGCAAAGAAGUUGAUGAUUUUGUCUCCCCAGCCAAUCUUUCAACAUCUACCAGUGAUAAGUGUGAUUCACCUGAUUCACUUUCUUCAUAUGUAACGAGCAGCCCAGCAUGCAGUAAGAAUAACUUGACAGAAGUGGCAUUUCCAGCCCCUCUUUCUGAUUGUUCACUGUCACGAUCACCAUCAUUCAACUUGGUGGAAUCUUUUUCAUCUUUUCUUGUCAGUAAACCGAAGUCCAGUUCCACGUCACCAUCACUCUCACCUUCAACAUCUGAUUACUCAAGUUCAUUUACCUUUUCUCCUUCAUCGUCUAACUGGUCUGACCUAUCACAUGUGUCUGCUCAGCCAUCACCGAACGGACUUGGAUGCAGUGACUUUGAUCCUAGCAAGAGUGGUCCUUCAGAGGAAACUGUUGGUUCUGCUGAUGGUGAAAGUACAUAUUUACUUGAUAAUGCAACUUCGCCUCCGGAAAAAGAGGUAAAUUCUGCUAACCUUGCCUUGAGAGCGGAAGGUUCAUGUCCUACCUAUAAAGAAACUUGGCCCUCCCAUUUGGGGCAUCGAGGAAGCAAUAUUCCUCCAAAGAUGAGUUUGCCUUCCCAUUAUGAAGCUUCGCAAAACUUGACUAGACAUUUGGAAGAUGAUAUUAUGAAAGACGCUGAUGCCUGCAACUUCAAAUGUGAUGUGUCUUUUGAGAUGCAGGAGAAAGAUCUGCUUUCAGAUUCAAACAGCUAUAUGGCUGAGGAUGAAGUUUCAAGUAGAUUACUAGCUAAUAAUAAAGCAACUGGCACUAAUAACCUAGUAUUCUACAAGUGGCCCUCCAUGCUUAAACUGGACACACAUUCUGGCACACUUGAUUCUGGAUCCAUAUAUGUCAUACUUAUGCCGGCAGCACAUUUUGGCACGGAAAAUGUUGAUGUUUUAUAUUUAUGGAUAGGGUGUAAUGUGUCAUCAGAAGGAAGCUAUAGUCAGUUGAUCAGGAAUGAUGGCAAAUGUGAAGAUAGUCACGCCAUUGUGGAAUUGGUAGAUCGUAAUCUUCUCAUUCAGAAGGGUUUUAGCACAGAUGCUCAAAUUAAGAUAGUGAAGGAAGGUGAGGAACCAGUGGAGCUCCUUGAGCAUGUGAGUCUCCUCUCGCUAAACAAGAUGUAGAUUGUGGGAAAGUGUAACUCAGGAGAUACAGACAGUAAGUAACUUUUAGUUUUGUACGUACUUGCCGCAGCUCCAAGGAGUUGCGUGUUGGCAUCCCAAAGCAGGCGAAGUUGUUGAUUCUGCUUGUGAGAUGAAAGGCGAUAAUCUCAUUUUGAAAUUUUAGAAGAGAAUGUACAAGAAAUAAUCUUCUGAAUUUUAAGGUUGGGAAAUAUAAGUAAAGAGCUAUGUGCGUUCUUCAAAUUUGCUCAGCACCAAAGGUGUUGUUUUUCCCAGUUACAUCAAUGCAGGAGGAUGGUUGUACCUUUUCCAAGUAUCUUGAAUCACUGCUUGUACAUUGUCUGCAUUCUUGCUUCAAAUCUUUCUUCUGUUUCA